AUGACGUCUCCGGCCAGGAGAAAGUACAGAGUAUGCUCAGCCGAGCGAUGACGCGAACACUGCAAUUGGAUGCCAGGGCAACCGAAGGCAUCGCAAAACGACCUUGAGUCGUCGCCCAGCCAAACCGUUAUCGUUUACUUAAGUUUUAUCUUCCCCCAUCCAGAUGGCGCUCCCGGUCGUGCAUACGCUGGAGGAGUGCGCCGACUUCUCUAGGGCGGUCAAGCCCUUCAUCCCGCAGCUCUACGACCUCCCCGCAAAGCUGCUCGACGUCUUUGCGGGGCACGAGACCCUACGGCAGUUGUACACCGAGACAAACCCGGUCAUCUCUGGCUUUGCCAUCUCGGUGUUCCUAGGUGCCGUGUUUCUCGUAGUGGCUGAAAUCAACCGCAACUACUCGCAGGUCGACCGCUGCUGGAGCCUGUUGCCGACCCUGUACAUUGCGCACUUUGACGCGUGGGCGCGCCUCACGGGACUGCCCUCUCGGCGGAUCGACGCGGCACUGCUUUUCAGCACCAUUUGGAGUAUUCGCCUCACCUAUAAUUACUGGAGGAAGGGAGGUUACGGUAUCGGCCACGAGGACUACAGAUGGGAAAUCAUCCGGCAGCAGGUCCCUAAAGUUGUGUUUCACAUCUUUAACUGGACCUUCAUCUCCUUUAUCCAGAGCAUCCUGCUCUUCGCCAUUGCCGCGCCAGUCUACACCAUCCUUCUAGCGUCGACCAUUGAACCAGAUCUCAGCAGCGCCGACAUCGCGUCAGUGGCCGUCGAGCUUGGACUCAUCCUCAUCGAAUACAUUGCCGACGAGCAGCAAUGGGUCUACCAGUCGGCAAAGAAACAAUACAAGGACUCGGCCAAGGUUCCCCGGGGAUUUGAGCAGGCGGACCUCGACCGCGGCUUCGUCACGUCCGGCCUCUGGGCGUACAGCCGUCACCCCAAUUUCGCAGCCGAGCAGUCCAUUUGGUUCGUCCUCUACCAGUGGAGCUGCUACGCGAGCAAGACUCUGUACAACUGGGCGGGCGCAGGGCCGUCGUUCCUCAUCCUGCUGUUCCAGGGCUCGACGUGGCUGACGGAGCUCAUCACGGCGGGCAAGUACUCCGAGUACCGCGACUACCAAAAGAGCGUGGGCAUGUUUACGCCGAAGGGAUUGUCGCCCUACAAGGGGCCCGGGGUAAAGGUCCCCAAAGUGAUCCGGACAAGCGAGCUGGCGAAAAUGCAGGAGCAAAAGGAGAAGAAGAAGCAGAAGCAAAAGUGACUGGUAGAAAUGGAGGGCCGUGGGGAGCCGAUUCAGGGGAAAGGCCGGUUGUGAGCCCAGACGGCAUGUCGUUGGAUAAAAAAGCGAUGGAUUUGUACGGAGUACCUACUGUACUCUCGUACAUACGGAGUAUGGGUCCGGCAGUUCUUCCGUUU